AUGCAAAGUGCACCGAGAACCUGCAAGGAGUUACAUCCGGACAUUCCUUCUUUCAAGCUUGCAGUGGGGGCUUGCCGCGGGAGGCUGCAAGAGCUGCUCAAAGCACAGCCGCAGAAGGGCGGCCGCAGAGCUCCCGGAAACGACAUCCAGGUGGAACUUCGAGGCUGCUCGCAGUUCCAUGCCGAGAUCCGUGUUCUCCCUCCAAAGGAUGAGGACAGCCCGCCAAGAUUGGUGGUGCGAGACCUCUCCAUGAACGGGACUGGUCUGAAACAUGGUGACAAGCCAGCUUCUGUGCAUGUUUCACGUGUGCGCUUGGCCGCAGUGGGCCUGGAGCCGGGACAGGGUCUUUGCAAGAAGGGGCCGCCCAGCCGCCCAGCCACCCAGCUGCCCAGCACCAGCGCACGGAUGGCAAUGGCCAGGGCAGGUGUGACGCAGCUGCUGCCGGUGUGGGAUGAGGAUCCGAGCCUGAAAGUCAAAUUUCGGCAGGCCCUUUGGGACUCUGGAGGGCCCCGGGCUCGACGGCUUCACGGGCUUCUCCAGUGCCAUGAGAAGCUUCGUGUACACAUCUGGAGACUCAACCUGGAAGAUUACUAUAUCAUCAUGAUCACAUGCAAGGACACAGAGCUGCUGAGAAAUCUAGGUGAGGAUCAUUGCUUCCCACGGGGAUAUCCCGUUAUCUGGCAGCCGGGUCGGCGAUUGCACCUCUGUGGCUUCUAUCCGAAAUUCAAGAACGAUGCAGAGUACAGAUCGCUUUCAACAGAUGGCGUUUCGCACCUUUCGCUCACCAUCAAGUGGUCUGGCUUUCUGUUUGCCUUGCUGGCAUUUUCACACAAGGAUGAAUACUACUGGGUCGUAACAUCGAAGAACAGUGCCAACUGCAGCCAGUCCUAUCUUGAGGACUUCACGCAACUAGCUGCAGAUGUGAUUGCUGCAGAACUGGGCGAAGCCCUCCCAGUUGUUAUCCGUCGCCUGGCGGACAGCCAGACCUACCUCUGCGGCGAGUGCUUGAGCAUGUCCGACCAAGGACAUGGAUAUGCCUACCGCAAGGAAGCGGUCAUGAUUACCUGUGCAGGCAAGUAUGACAAUCAGUAUAGCCCGGAGACGGAAGAUGCUUCGUUGCUGUUGCAUUUACCUCCUGCGGAAAUUCGUUCUGUUGCGAAGGAUAGUGGCUUGCGAUGUGUGCAGGUGCUGGAGGUCCCGUCGGGCAAGGUGAAGCGAGUCGUGGGUGAGCUGGAAGGAAUGCGUGAUUUUCUGACUGCGAAGACGACGAUGCGCCUGCUUGCUCGAUACGGCUUGCCGGUAGAACAGUUUCGGGAACACGCAGACUUGAUCGAUUCCGAUACCCUGGAGGGCUUGGUCAUGCACUACCACUACAAUGACCGGCCAUCUGUCCGAGUGAAAUGGAAGCUUCCUCGCUAUACUUUUGUGACAACGCUUCUACGUCCCGUCAGGAAGAACAGCGUGCCUAGUGCCAGACUAGUGGACAUGUCAGCUUCGAUGGCCAAGCAGUGGUGUCAGACAUCGGAGGGCUGCGACUACUACACGUGUUUCGGUGUGCUGGCUGGCGAGCUCGUGAAAGACUUACCUUCUGGAACACUCAUAGCGCCGUGGAUCUCCGCUGCACACGAGGUUUUUGCGAUGGAGCACAGUGACGUACUGCGACGGGGCAGGCAGAUCAUCGACCAGACGAGGGAGAAAGUGUCAGCAGCACUCACCAGAUCACGGCACAUUCUGCACGUCCAAAAGCAUGACUCCAUUGGAUGCGCUCUGGUGACCUUCACCAGCCCAGAGGGUUGCCAGCGUCUUCUGCAUGCGGGCAACCGGCUGGACAUUGGUGGAGUCGUUGCUGACGUAAAGCGCCACACUGACAAGACGACAGGGCAACCUUCAGCAGACACUGUGUUCGUUGCUUGGGGGAGGCAACAAGAGCUGAAUGCACCAGUGAGUGGUGAAGCAUUGCUGGCGGCAUUGGAAACUUCUGUCUCCGGAGCCCCUGCCGUGCCUGCAGUGCUGGCUUCGCAAGCAGCCAGACCUGUUGCUCCCCAGAGGGGCAGCUGGCAGCUGAGGCUCGUCCUGCGAGGGAUCAUGGGGUCCGGAAAAAGCACUUUGGCGCGAGGGCUGGCUGCUGAGCUGGACGCGGUCUGCAUCAGUCAAGAUGACUACGCACAUCACGGCAAGGACGCGCGCCGCUCUUCGUUCCUGGACGAGGUCCGGCAGGCAGCUUCCUCGGUGGUUAUUCUGGAUCGAGUGAACUCCCUCCGUCGCCAUCGAGGGGAAAUUUUGGAAGUUCUCGAUGGUGAUGGUGCCGCUGUGCUGCUUUCGCUCUUCCACCCCGUCGACCCUCCAGGUGAUGCAGGACCUGCCGCUCUGCAGCUCUGUGAAGCUCGUGUACAGCAACGUGGGGAUCACCAGACGCUUUCUGGGAGCAGGACAGACUUAUCGUCGAUUCUGCGAUGCACAGCAAAACUCAUGGAGCCCAUCACAGAUGCGGAGGUGGCAGACUUUUUUGCCCACGUUCGGGUGGAUAUGACGAUGUCGCCGCAAGAUGCUCUGUCUUUCGUUCUUGAGCAGCUCAAGUCUUUGGGCUUGGUAGAGCAAAAUGAAGCUGGACGUUGGCAUGUGCGCGCAGUCCGUGCAGUUGCACCUUCCCGUGUGGAUGGCAACCAGCGCCGUGGCUAUACAGGCGCUGUGACGGAAAUUUUCGAAUUUGCGCCACCUGGAUUGUUCGAGUGCGAAGCUCCACGUAAGCUUCGUUUACGGGUCUCUUCCGAGCUUGGGGCUGGUCUUCAUCUGCGGCCGUCCUGGCACGGGAUGGUUGUGGAUGAGAUAGAAGACUCACCUGGCCAACCUGACCUAAGGUUAGGUGACUGCAUUCGGCAGAUACAAGCGCCAGGGCAAGGGGCGACAUGGCAAAGGCUUCACGACCUCGGACAUGAAGACUGUGAGUUGCUUUUUGCUCAGUCCUUUCAAGAUGGUGCCCAAGUAUUGCUGGAGCCCCAUUGCGAGACUUCCGGAAAUCUGCCCAGAGGACUCGAAGGCCUACUGGAUGUGAGCAUGCUUCGAGCAGAUUUGGCGAGCUUCAGCACGGACUUUGAUGUGGAGCUUCACCUUUGCUGGCCAACGCAUGUCGUACUUGCAGGCCCCAGGCCUGCUGUCGCCGCCGCACGUCUGCCGGCAUCGCAACUUCUGAGCCAACACAUCCAAUCGACAUCGUCAUGCGGAAAAGCUGUGCGCUGGUAA